GAGAAAAGAGGAGGGGAGGCCUCCGCCGCCGCCAUCUUGGACCGGGCCCGUUCAGCUUCCGUGGAGCCGUCGGCAGCCGCUGCCGGGCCUUUCCUUGAUCCCUGAAUCCCCUACUCGGUCGUCUAGAACAAUCCCGGGCCCACUUCCUCUAUCAACAACCCAACCCUACUUCCGGCUUUCGCGCCCUCUUAUCGCGAUAGCGCCCGGGCUCGGGGCGCGAGGAAAGAGGAAAAAAAAAAAAAAAAAAGGCGGCGGGCGGGCGCUCGCCUCUCUCUCCCCCCUCCUCGCCUGUCGCGAUACGCUCCGCAGCGGCGGCGCCAGCUCCUGCGCGUCCAUUUUCAAGAGAGUAUGAAGAGAGUGCGUCUGUAGGGCAGGGAAGAUGGCGGACAAGCGCAAACUCCAAGGUGAGAUUGAUCGCUGCCUCAAGAAGGUGUCCGAAGGGGUGGAGCAGUUUGAAGAUAUUUGGCAAAAGCUCCACAAUGCAGCCAACGCGAACCAGAAAGAAAAGUAUGAGGCUGACCUAAAGAAGGAGAUUAAGAAGCUACAACGGCUGAGGGACCAGAUCAAGACAUGGGUAGCAUCAAAUGAGAUCAAGGACAAAAGGCAGCUUAUCGAAAACCGCAAGCUCAUUGAAACGCAAAUGGAACGGUUCAAAGUUGUGGAACGAGAGACCAAAACCAAAGCUUAUAGCAAGGAGGGUCUGGGUCUGGCUCAGAAGGUGGAUCCUGCCCAGAAGGAGAAGGAAGAAGUUGGCCAGUGGCUCACGAACACCAUUGACACCUUAAAUAUGCAGGUGGACCAGUUUGAGAGUGAAGUGGAGUCACUGUCGGUACAGACACGCAAGAAGAAAGGCGACAAGGAUAAGCAGGACCGGAUUGAGGGCUUGAAGCGGCAUAUCGAGAAGCACCGCUACCAUGUUCGUAUGCUGGAGACCAUCCUGCGUAUGCUGGACAAUGACUCCAUCCUGGUUGAUGCCAUCCGCAAGAUCAAGGAUGAUGUGGAGUACUACGUUGACUCAUCCCAGGACCCCGACUUUGAAGAGAACGAAUUCCUCUAUGACGACCUGGACCUCGAGGACAUUCCACAGGCGCUGGUCGCCACCUCCCCCCCCAGCCACAGCCACAUGGAGGACGAGAUCUUCAACCAGUCUAGCAGUACACCCACCUCAACAACCUCCAGCUCUCCCAUCCCACCCAGCCCAGCAAACUGCACUACGGAAAACUCUGAAGAUGAUAAGAAGAGAGGCCGAUCGACAGAUAGUGAAGUCAGCCAGUCUCCAGCCAAAAAUGGCUCCAAGCCUGUCCACAGCAACCAGCAUCCCCAGUCCCCAGCUGUGCCGCCCACCUACCCCUCUGGCCCCCCACCUACCACUUCUGCCUUGAGCUCCACCCCUGGCAACAAUGGGGCCUCUACCCCAGCAGCACCUACAAGUGCCCUGGGCCCUAAGGCCAGUCCAGCUCCCAGCCACAACUCGGGUACUCCUGCACCCUAUGCCCAGGCUGUGGCCCCACCCAAUGCCAGCGGGCCCAGCAAUGCCCAGCCACGGCCCCCUAGUGCCCAGCCAAGCGGGGGAAGUGGUGGUGGCAGCGGAGGGAGCAGCAGCAAUAGUAACAGUGGCACAGGCGGAGGGGCUGGCAAGCAGAACGGUGCCACAAGCUAUAGUUCGGUUGUGGCAGACAGCCCUGCAGAGGUGACCCUGAGUAGCAGUGGGGGCAGCAGUGCCAGCAGCCAAGCCCUUGGGCCCACUUCGGGCCCUCACAACCCAGCUCCCAGCACCUCAAAGGAAUCCAGUACGGCAGCUCCAUCAGGGGCUGGGAGUGUGGCUUCAGGCUCAGGGAAUAACUCGGGGGGACCCAGCCUCUUGGUGCCACUGCCUGUAAAUCCCCCCAGUUCUCCAACGCCCAGCUUCAGUGAAGCCAAGGCAGCUGGUACCCUGCUUAAUGGUCCUCCACAGUUCAGCACCACCCCAGAAAUCAAGGCCCCUGAACCGCUCAGCUCUCUGAAAUCCAUGGCAGAACGGGCAGCUAUCAGCUCUGGUAUUGAGGACCCUGUGCCAACGUUACACCUAACUGAUCGAGACAUCAUCCUGAGCAGCACAUCAGCACCACCCACCUCAUCCCAGCCACCCCUGCAGCUGUCAGAGGUGAACAUACCAUUGUCACUGGGUGUCUGUCCACUGGGGCCAGUGUCCCUCACCAAGGAGCAGCUAUACCAACAGGCCAUGGAAGAGGCCGCCUGGCACCACAUGCCCCACCCCUCUGACUCCGAGCGCAUUCGGCAGUACCUCCCCCGGAACCCUUGCCCGACACCCCCCUACCACCACCAGAUGCCACCCCCACACUCGGACACUGUGGAGUUCUACCAGCGCCUGUCAACUGAGACGCUCUUCUUCAUCUUCUACUAUCUGGAGGGAACCAAGGCACAGUACUUGGCAGCCAAGGCCCUAAAGAAGCAGUCCUGGCGAUUCCACACCAAGUAUAUGAUGUGGUUCCAGAGGCACGAGGAGCCUAAGACCAUCACAGAUGAGUUUGAGCAGGGCACCUACAUCUACUUUGACUACGAGAAGUGGGGCCAGCGGAAGAAGGAAGGCUUCACCUUUGAGUACCGCUACCUGGAGGACCGGGACCUCCAGUGACACCGGCCCCCCUCUACCUUCCCCCUCCCCCGCAUGCUGACCCCCCUGCCCAGGUGAGGGCCCUGCCCUGGAAGACUGGGGGAGGCCCAAGGCCAUGGGACACCCUCCCUCCCAGGAAGCAGGGAAGGGAUAGGGAGGUUUUCUCUUCCUCUCUGCCCUACCCUGGGGGCCUGGGGGCAAGGGCUGCCCCCUCCUCCCCUCCCCAGUGAGGGACAUUUUUUGGUAAACCUAUUUUCAUUUUGGAAAAUAUUUAUGAAUAAAUAGUUUUAUAUGACGGCUGGCA